GUCAACAAAACCAACGUAUCACCACAAACGCACAGGUCAUCCACGACGUCAUCUCCGUAUCCGAAGCCAACACUGCCCUCGACACCCUAAUGCGCAAAAAGCCCAUCUACUCUUUCCCACAACUCAUAUUCUUUGGCGGGAUGUGUAGCAGCAGCAUCUGCAGCGUUAGCUUCAACGGGAGCUUCAUUGACUCUCUUGUCUCCUUCCCCCUCGGUGCGCUCCUCGUCACCAUCCAACUUCUCAGCGUGCGCAAUGAGCUGUAUGGAAACGUGUUUGAGAUCACGGUUGCCACGCUUCUGAGCUUUGUGAGCGCUGUGCUUGCUAGUACGCAGAGGAUUUGUUAUGAGGCUGUUGCUAGUAGUAGUGUGGUUUUGAUUUUACCUGGCUUCAUAGUCCUAAAUGGUUCCCUCGAAAUAUCUUCCCGCUCCCUAAUAGCAGGCUCAGUCCGUCUCUGCUACGCCCUCAUGUACAGCCUCUUCCUCGGUUUCGGGCUGGCCAUCGGAGCUGAGCUCUACCAAGCAAUGCUCGGGAAACCCCUAGUAGGAGGCAUAGAUUACAUGUGUGUCUCGAGCCACGAUCCCAAAGGCGGGUGGUGGCAGCGCACCCCGAGUAUGUGGUGGGCGUUCCUGAGUGUGCCGUGUUAUAGUCUGUUUUUGAGUUUGAGGUUUGGGGCUGUUAUUGGGAGGAGGGAGUUGUUUCUCCUAGUCGCCAUCUCAUGCAUAGGAUGGGUGACGAACCAUUUCGUUGGCAUCAAGUUCCCGAACCAGAGCGAUAUAUCAGCUGCUGUUGGGGCGUUUGCUGUGGGGUUGGUGUCGAAUCUCUACGGGAGGUUUUUUGAGGGGAAUGCGUUUGCCGUUAUGAUCACAGGCAUACUCUUCCAACUCCCUUCAGGCCUAGGCAACGGCGGACUGUUCAACUUCGUCGUUGAUCAAACCUCAGGGUCGAGUUCCUCCUAUUCAAGCGGGUUCAACACCGCGCUCCAGUUGAUCAGCACGAGUGUUGGGUUGACUGUGGGUCUUGGAAUCAGUUUGGUGCUCGUUCAUCCUGUUCAGAGCAGGAGGAGGGCUGCGGGAGUGUUUAGUUUGUAGGAGGACGUUGGUGCUGGUAUGCGUUCCGCCCCCUGCAUUGCUUUGCUCUAAAUUCGUACGUAUGCCCGCAUUAUUCUCACUCGAAGUGCAUAUCGCAUUCAAUUUCAAUAUAGAUCUGAUAGAUAGAUAUCGGUGCCCAGGUACAUCUAUCCUCCCCAAUUCAUCGCUUAAUUCCUUUAGAUUCCGAUGCUCAUCUAAAUACUAGCAUGGACUUGGUCAUCGUUUAUGUUUACGUUUUCCUCCACGGACAUCGUCUUCAUUUUCAUACACUCGUUUGUCUGUCUGCGCACGUUCAUUCUCAUUUUGGUCGUUAAUCCAUGACACAAUCGCAUGCAAUGAACAUUGUCUUCAUUUUUAAUGUCCGCGCUGGUUUGUCUGGGCACAUUUACUCAUUAACAAUGUGUGUACACCACAAUUCGUUGGUGAGCUA